AUUUAACAUGUCUGCUCUUACUCCAACUGUUAGGUGGGCUCAAAGAUCCAACGCCAGUGAUGAAACCAAGAACAUUGUGUUCUUGACGAUCGAAGUGUUUGAUGUCAAGAACGUUCAGGUGGAUUUGACCUCCACCACCUUGACCUUUUCUGCUGACUCUCAAAACUCGGACAACAAGUACGAAUGGAAGGUGGAAUUCUUCGACGAGAUCGAUACGGAAAACUCCAAGAAGAACUUAGGAGCGGGAAGUCACGUGUCGUUGUUGUUGAGAAAGGCAAAGAAGCAAGAAGAGUACUGGCCUAGAUUGACCAAAGAAAAGGUCAAGUACAGAAACAUCAAGACUGAUUUUGACAAAUGGGUGGAAGAAGACGAACAAGACGAAAAGGAAGAAGAACCUGAUCUUGGAAUGGGUGGAAUGCCUGGUGCUGGUGGUAUGGGUGGAGCUGGUGGAGCCGGUGGCAUGCCUGAUUUGGCUUCCAUGAUGCAAGGUAUGGGAGGUGGCGCUGGUGGAGCCGGUGGCAUGCCUGAUUUGGCUUCCAUGAUGCAAGGAAUGGGAGGUGGUGCUGGUGGUGCUGGUGGAAUGCCUGACUUGGCUUCCAUGAUGCAAGGAAUGGGAGGUGGUGCUGGUGGAGACUUUGACAUCAGCAAAUUGGCCAGUCAGUUGGGUGGUGCUGGAGGCAUUCCUGACUUGGGUGAAGAAGGUGAAGAAGGUGAAGAAGGUGAACAAGUCGAAGAGAUCGCAGAGCAAAAGUGAUAUCGCUAGGUGCCAUGUUAGAUAUUCCAUUUCAAUGCCCAUGUAAAUAUUAGGCUAAAUAGUUAAGUUUCAAUGAACGCCCAUUUUUGCACUAUCAUUCUAACUGGAACUGUGUUGUCGUGUUGAGUUUCGUAAAUCGCCAAGUCGUUGGUUUGGCUCGCAAAAUUGACCAUCCACAGGUCAAGAUGGUUUCUCGAAUCACCAAAGAUUACGCUGAUGCCUGUUUGCUCUAAUCUCUUCAUCAAGUAGAAAAGGAAGUUUAAGGUACUUGCACAAUCCACAAACGUGUCAAGAACCCCAUAUAUAACCACGAGACUCAAGGUGUCAUGUGACACGUAUUGUCGUACCAAGUGUGUCAAGUCAGAAGUUUGGCUCACCAAGUUCACCUCGAUUCUGUCGAUGGUGCCAAUUACCCCAGGCGAAAACGAUUGGUUCAUGAGAACAUUAUCGUACAAUUCCGGAUCAAACACCACAAUCUGGCCCGUUUUUUUGGAUUCUGCUUCCAACUGAUGGAGAGAAUCUAACACCACAUCUUUGAAGGUUUUGCCGGCAUAAUAGCACAACAUCAACUAAACUACUGACAACAAGAUCGAAAUGGAUAUGC